AACCUCAAGGGAAUAAAACCUACUUCAGCUCUUGUACUAUUUUUCCUCUUGAACGGCGGGAAACUGAUGAUUUUGGGGGAACCUCCCUCCAAAGGAUCCAGUUUUCUCCCAUUUGGAAUUAUAAACCCUAAAAGUUCUAUUUUACGGAUUCUCCUUGAAAUCUCUCAUUCGUACACAGACCAGGGUAAUUUAGAAUCAAUCCAAUGGCGUUUCUGAGAAAGCAACACCACGAACCGCCAGAAGAAGACGUCGACGUCGAUAAUCACGCAGAUACUCCGAUACGGUACGUGUCUCUGGACCGCGUCUACUCAUCUGCUUCUCUCUGUGGCGGUGCCACUGGAUCCUCUAGCGUCAUGUCGAAGAAAGUCAAAGCCCGCAAGCUCAUCGACAGUCACCUGGACGCCUCUGAUGAUCCUAAGCCACCGCACACGACUCCAGACAACAAACCGGAAAUCGUACGCGUUUACUAUCGACGGAAGAAACGACCGCGGUUGUCAUUCUUCGAUGCGGCGCUUGCGCGCUGUUCGUCCUCCACCGUGGAGGAGGUGGAUGUCGAGACCGAAAUUCUUGAACUGGAAGACUGUAAUGAGACUGCGGAGGCGGAGGAAGGAGCGAACAGUGAUUUGAAGAGGAAGAAGGGGAAGAGGCAAAGAGUUGGGAGCAGUGAGUUGGUGAAAUUGGGAGUUGAUUCCAGCGCUUUGCGUGGUCUGGAUGGGCCGCGAUUGAGGGAUUAUCGAAAUAAUCAUAGGAAUGUUUUGACGCCGGAGAGAAAUAGUGGCCAUUCAUUGCUGACCGGCGAUAAGUGUCUUUCGGCUUCUUCUGAUUCUAGGAAGUGGGUCCGGUUGAGUUUUGAUGGUGUUGAUCCAGCAACGUUCAUUGGCCUACAAUGCAAGGUUUUUUGGCCGUUGGAUGCUGAUUGGUAUGCUGGACGUGUUCUUGGGUACAAUUCAGAGACCAAUCGACAUCAUAUUGAAUAUGUGGAUGGAGAUAAAGAAGAUUUGAUUAUUCCAAAUGAAAAAGUUAAAUUUCACCUUUCUCGGGCAGAAAUGGAGCGGUUGAACCUGAAAUUUAGUGUUAACAGUGCAGACACUGAUGGCAAUGAUUAUAACGAAAUGGUUGUCUUGGCUGCUAGUUUAGAUGACUGCCAAGAAUUUGAAGCUGGAGACAUUAUAUGGGCAAAACUAACUGGUCAUGCUAUGUGGCCUGCGAUUAUAGUUGAUGAAUCUCUUGUUGGUGACCGUAAAGGUUUACACAAAGUACCAGGAGGGAAAUCAAUUCCUGUGCAAUUUUUUGGCACCCAUGAUUUUGCCAGAAUAAAAGUGAAACAAGUUAUCUCAUUUCUCAAAGGACUUCUUUCUUCCUACCACCUGAAGUGCAAGCAACCUCGUUUCGCUCGAAGCUUGGAGGAAGCAAAAAUGUAUCUUAGUGAACAGAAGCUUCCAGCUAGAAUGCUUCGCCUGCGGAAUGGCAAUACUGCUGAUAAUUGUGCAAGUACAAGUAGUGAGGAUGAAGCAAGUUCAGAUUCAGGUGAAGACUGCAUAGUAGAUGGAGCUUUUCAGAGGACAGCUGGAGGUCUUGGGACCUCUCCAUAUGUAAUGGGGGAUUUACGAAUAUUAAACCUUGGGAAGGUUGUUAAGGAUUCAGAGUUUUUCCAGAAUGAUAAGUUUAUCUGGCCUGAAGGAUAUACAGCCAUGAGGAAGUUUACUUCACUAAAAGAUCCAAAUGAUUGUGCCUUAUAUAAGAUGGAAGUAUUAAGGGAUGCUGAUUUAAAGAUUCGACCUCUUUUUAAAGUGACAGCAGAUAAUGGAGAACAGUUCAAAGGAUCAUCGCCAUCUGCAUGCUGGAAUAAAGUAUAUAGAAAGUUAAGGAAAAUGAAAAAUAUUGAUGGUUCUGGUUCUGGAGAAAAGAUCUAUAUAUCUGGUUUGGACAUGUUUGGUUUCUCCAAUCCUGAAGUUGCCAAAUUAAUAGAGGGGCUAUCAAAAUCAAGAUUUCAUUCAAAAUUUUCAGUGUCCAAAUAUCGUCCUGGAAGGUAUGAAGAUCUGCAUGUUGGUUAUAGACCAGUUCGUGUCAACUGGAGGGACCUUGAUAAGUGCAAUGUUUGUCACAUGGAUGAGGAAUAUGAGAACAAUCUCUUCUUGCAAUGUGAUAAAUGCAGAAUGAUGGUCCAUGCUAGAUGCUAUGGGGAAUUGGAACCUGUUGAUGGUGUGCUGUGGUUAUGUAACUUAUGUCGCCCAGGGGCCCCUGAUACUCCUCCACCAUGCUGUCUUUGUCCUGUGAUAGGAGGUGCUAUGAAGCCGACGACUGAUGGACGUUGGGCUCAUUUGGCUUGUGCCAUAUGGAUACCUGAAACAUGCUUAUCUGAUAUCAAGAGGAUGGAGCCAAUUGAUGGACUAAAUAGAAUUAGUAAGGACCGUUGGAAGCUGUUAUGUAGCAUCUGUGGUGUAGCAUAUGGAGCUUGUAUCCAAUGUUCAAACAAUUCUUGUCGGGUGGCAUAUCAUCCACUGUGUGCGCGUGCUGCUGGUCUUUGUGUUGAGCUUGAGGAUGAGGAUAGGCUCCAUCUCCUUUCUGUAGAUGAUGAUGAAGAAGAUCAGUGCAUUCGCUUUCUUUCCUUUUGCAAGAAGCAUAGGCAACCGUCUAAUGAUCGUUCAGCAUCUGAUGAACGGAUUUGGCAAAUUGCUCGUCCAUGUUCUGAUUAUGUCCCACCAUCUAAUCCUUCUGGCUGUGCCCGUACUGAAGUUAUAUAA